CAACACGACCGCAAUCUUGUUUCUUUCUGGCAAUGGAUUGACUUUCCCUUUCAUCUGGGGCUUUUUGAACCAUAAAUUCCUCAGAGUAGAUCCUCUCUUCUUCCCCCUUAUCGAUACCGCAGUCCCUGAACUAAAACAAAACUUGUUUCUGUUUCCAUUAAGCGCGGUGGAGGGUUCAAGUUGGAUCCACUCCUGACUCUCCAUCCUUCUUUGUUCUCGUUCUUUGACUUUCUACCUCCUGCACUGACUGAAAGGAACGAAAGAAGAUGAUCCCUCAUCGGAGUACAACCCUCCUGACGGCCAUCGUCUUCAUCGGUCUGUUACUCGUCAUCUUCUCCUCCACCCCAUCCACCCCUGAUCCGUCCACGGGCGAGGAACCAGUCUCCGGCCCGGCCAAGUAUGUCCCCCGACCGAAGCUACCGGCGCUGAGCGACCUGCACCUCCCGUCGUUUUAUCCCACCGCGCAUAAGCCGCCCGCGACCCAGCCGGACAGCGCCAGCGGAGGAUCGAAAUGGUUGAGCGACCUGUCGUGGCUGAAUCCCUUCUCCUCGUCCACCACCCUCGAGGAGGACCGAUCCGUGCUCCCGCCCCUGCGACACCGACCCUACGUCUACACCUACUACAAUGCCGACCAGAAGAAUGGUGGACCCCAGGAUAAUGCCGACGCCGGCCUGCUGCUCGCCUGGCGCCGCGCGUGGUUCGCCCAGGGGUUCCGCCCCGUCAUCCUCGGCCGCGGCGAGGCCAUCCACAACCCGAUCUACGAGAUGGUUCAGAAUAUCAAGUUCGGGACCGCGGAUAUUGAACACGAGGUGCUCCGCUGGCUGGCCUGGGGGCACAUGGGCGACGGGAUCCUGGUGCACUGGCGCUGCUUCCCCAUGGCCCGGUACGACGAUCCACUGCUGUCCUACCUGCGCCGCGGCACGGACCCGGCGGUCAUCACGCGUCUCGACAAGAUCCAGAAUGGCCUGUUCGCCGGCACGAAGGACCGGAUCAACGAGGUGAUCAAGAAGGCCGUCAGCAAGGGCAUCAGCGACCAGGCGACCAACAUCUUCGACCUGGUCGCGCCCGAGACGUUCAAGGUGGAGCAGACCAACGCCGUGGCGUGGUACAACUCGGCCGCCAUCGUGUCGCACUACCCGGCCCUGGCGGAGAAGAUGGACCGGUCGCGGGGCUCGGGCACGGCGGCCCUGGCCGAGCUGGUCCACUCGCACCUGCACAACACCUUCCAGAACGCAUUUCCCGCCGGCAUCGCCGUCCUGAAGCCGUUCCCCGAGCACACGACAGCCCUGGUCGAGCCAGCGCUCCGGUUGGCCCGGGCGCUGGGCCGCUGCCCGCCGUCCCCAAUGCCCGACUCCUGCCCACCGAACCUGCCCCGCUGCCGACCCUGCGACCCGGAGAAGCCGAUGCACAUCAGCCAGCCCCAGAGCUACCGGAACACGACGCACGUGUUCAGCAUCGGCACGCUACCGCACCCGUACACACUCGUCAGCCUGCGACAGAACUCGGCGGAGGUGACGACGCGGCACAUCCGGCGCGAGACGGAGCGGGACGAGUGGCUGCAAGCCGUGACGCAGGAGCAGCUGGGGCUCGAGAUCAGCGGGUCCGCCCGGGCCAGCGUGCUGAAGAAGGUGGUGGCAGACGACGACCUGACGGACGCGUCGCUGUGGAUGACGGUCGAGUCCAUCCCGCCCGAGGCCGGCCAGGCGCUGCCCACGGAGCUGCUGAACGAGUUCGAGUGGCAGCUGGGCUUCCCGAUCCCGCGGGAGGAGAAGGACAAGGUGGAUGCCAAGAACGAAGGUGCCUCCAAGGAGUCCCUGCAGAACGCCAACCCCAGCCGAGAGGGGGUGGGACGCGAGUACGAGGUGCUCCAGGCGGCCCGGGCGGUGCUACAUAGCAAGGAGGGACCUCAGGUGGUCAUUCGAGACGUGGUGGAAGCGUGGAAUCUGGCCGAUACGGAGGUGUGGCGAUUCGUCCGAGCAUUCCGCGCCCGAAGUGUCUUUGAGCGACAGCGAUGGGAGGAAGAGGAGAAGAAUUUCCUGGGACCCCUACACCACUGAGUUUGUCCUUCUCGUGUUUCCUUCGUAGUUCUUGUUCUUAUGUGCUACCCCUUCCUGUCGGCCUGUCUGGGCCAUGUGUGGGACUUGUAUGGAAUCGUGUAUCACCACUGGGUUAGGAGGAGCAUUGGCGGCGUUAUCUAAUUUAUUCUUUUUACUAUAUUCUCUCUUCUACUUUAUUUGAUUCCUUACGCUUCUUGUAUUAUUUUCCUUCAAUUAUUGAUCCUUAUGUUCAGUAUAUUUUGUAUACUAUCUCGGCCUAGAUCAAAG